AUGAAAACUAUUGAAUUAUUAUACAAUUAUAAUUUAAGUGGUGAUGAAAAUGUUAUAAGAAGUUAUUCAAUAAAUAAACAAAAUAAACAAAAUAAAGAAAAAAUAAAUGAAGGAAAAAUAAAUGAAGGAAAAAUAAAUGAAGGAAAAAUAAAUGAAGAUAGUGUAAUACAAAAAAAUGAAAAAACAACAAACAAGCAUAUUAAUAAUUAUGUAUAUGAUAAUAUAGAGGAGGAUAAUGUAAAGGAAAGUCAAAAUAUAAAUAAUUUAAAAAAUAAAAUAAAUGAAGAUGAACAAAAUAAAUAUAUACAAUAUAUAAAUAAGAAUAAAGAAAAGCAAUCAAAAACACAAAUAGAUUCUCAAAUUAACACAACUAAUAUGGACAAUACCGCCAUAAAAUUAUUAAAUAAAUAUGACCAAUUUAAAAAUGACAAUAUUAAAAAAGAAAACAUAUUUAUAAAUCAUACAAAUUCUAAAAUGUGUGAAAAAAUAAAAAAUAUAAAAAAAAAACAAUCCCCUGACUGUUAUGAGUCAACUCACAUUUUAGGAAUAGAAGGAAAAGGAGAAAAUCAAAAUAUGAAUGAUGAUCACAAAUUAAAUGAUAGUAAUAAAUGUGAUAAACUUGAAAAUGAUAAUAAAAAAAAUGAUUUGACUUCAUCUCUAAAUAAUAUGAAUGAUCAAAAUGGGGAAAGAAAUGAUGAAAGAGGUGGCGAAAAUGACGAAAGAGGCGACAGAAAUGACGAAAGAGGCGACAGAAAUGACGAAAGAGAUGAAGAACGAAAUGACGGGCAAAUGAUAGAUAAUAUAAAAUUAGAGAUUAAAAAAGAAAUAUAUAAAAAAUUAAAAAUUGCUUUCAAUACUAAUAUGCAAUUUAAUAUAAUCGAUCAAUAUUAUAUAAAAUUUAGAAAAAAAAAGAAAUUUAGAAAAUAUGUUUUAAACACAUCUAAUUUUAUAAUAAUAUUGGGAAAAUAUUUACGUCUAUCAUUUUCCACUAUUGCAAUGGCAUUAUAUUAUAUGCAUAAAUAUAAUAAAAAAAAAUUAGCAAAAAAAAAUAAACCUAUAAAUUAUAUUAUUGCUGGGUCAUGUAUAUUUUUAGCAUGGAAAUUAAGAGAAGAUUUUGAACAAUGUAAAAAAUCACAAAAAUUAUAUGAUAUACCUAAAGGUAUUUUUAAAUUACUUAAUUAUUUUUAUAAAAAAAAAAUUAUCAAAAAAAAAAUUAAACAAAUUCAACCUAAUUUAAUAUAUAACCAUAAAAAUUGUUAUGAAAUAAAAAAUGACGAUACUUUUGAUACCCUUAUAGAAAUGGCUAAAAAAAAAAAUGAAAUAUUAAAAUGUACACAUGAGCACAAUAAAAAUGUUAAUGUUUCAGAAAACAGCACCAAAAAUAAAAAAAAAAGAAAAAUCAACACACAAAAUGAAGAUAUAAAAAAAAAUGCCAAACACUCAUAUCAUCUAAAUAAAGAAGAAGAUGAAGAAAAAAAACACUAUAUCAAUUUGUAUAAUCAAUUAAAAGAUCUUAACAAUAUUAUUAUAGAUACUGGAUAUAUAUCUGAUAUAAAUAAUAUUAGUGAUGUUAGCGACCUUUUUAAUUCAUACCUUUCAGAAUGUAACAGCGACGAUUUAUCAGAGUAUAAUUUUUCGCCAGAAAGGGGGGAAGAAGCGGAAAAUGAAGCAGAAAAGGAAGAAGAAAAUGAUGCAGAAAAGAAAGACACGAACAAAAUCGAACACCACAAUCUUGAUCAAUUAAAUACAAAUGAAGAAAAUAGUGAUAUAUUAAAAAAUGCACAUAUUGACAAAAAUGCUUAUAUACAAAAAUUUAAAAAAUUAUGUAAAAAAAAAAAAAAAAAUAUAAAUAUUUCAUCCUCUAAAUGGGUAUUAAAUAAUUCAGGGCAAAAAUUGCAACUCAUUCAAAAAGCCAUGAUAUAUUAUGAAGGGGAAAUAUUAAAAAGUUUUAAUUAUUUUAUAAAACCUAAAAUAUUAUCAUUUGAACUCAUUCCAUUUUUUAUAACAAAUUUUGUAUCAAUAAUGAAUGAUUAUAUACAACCUAAUCAAAUUCCCUAUUUACAAAAAUUAUCAUCUUUAAUUAUUUUGGAUUUUUAUAAAACACCACUUUGUUUAAUAUUUCCUCCAAAAGAAAUAUUAAUUGUUUGUAUAAUAAAGGGGUAUAUUUCCUUAAAGUUGAUAAAUUCGGAAUUGGACUUACAAGCUAUAUCUCUUGAAAAUUUUGAAAAUAAAAUAAAGGAGUACGUCCAAUCCGUUAGUGGGGAUAUCCCAAUCGACAUUAACCGAAUAAAAAUGGCUUUGAAGGAAAUAAGGCACCCAUACCAUUAA